UCGCCCUCAAGUCAAUCGCGAUGGCGGAGAAGAUCGUCGCGGCGUUCCAUGCGCUUGGCAUUCCGUUGGAAAAUGUGGACCACGUGCCUGCCUUCACGGUGGAAGAGCAGGCGGCUGCCGUGGGUCAUCUGCCCGGUGUCCUCACCAAGAACUUGGUGUUGAAGGACAAAAAGGAAGGCAUCUUCCUCAUCUGUGCCGCGGCCCAUCAAACCGUGGAAGUCAAGUCGCUGGCGAAGAAGAUGCAAUUGGUGAGCAACAAGGUCAACUUGCGCUUUGCCACGGAAGAUGUGCUGCAUAACGUGCUGCAAGUGAAGCAAGGAUCGGUGUCGCCGUUGGCUGUGCUCAACGACACGGAGAACCAAGUGCGCUUGGUCCUCGACGCAGCUCUUCUCACUGCGGACAAGAUCAACUGCCAUCCGCUCCAGAACGACAAGACAGUGUCCAUCACCCCCGCCGACUUGCUCAAGUUUGUGCGCCACUACGCGCACGAGCCAUUGAUUGUUGACUUUUCCGUGUCUGUCGCGCAAGCCACGUCCCCCCGCGCGGCCGCCGCGCCCAAGGCCCCGGCCAAGGAAAAGAACACGAUUGUCAAGCCUGACAAGCUGGAGAAGGACACCAAGUCCAAGGAAGGCAUGGUAUGGUCGAAGAAGGAGAACUUCCCCGACUGGUACACGGACGUGAUCACCAAGUCUCAAAUGAUCGACUACUACGACGUGUCGGGGUGCUACGUGCUUCGUCCAUGGUCGUACGAGAUCUGGGAGCGCAUCCAGGCGUACUUGGACGGCAAGUUCAAGGAGAUUGGCGUCAAGAACUGCUACUUCCCCAUGUUUGUCACGUCGGAGAAGCUCAACCGCGAAAAGGACCAUUUGGAAGGGUUCGCGCCCGAAGUGGCGUGGGUGACCAAGAGCGGCGACACGGACCUGAAGGAGCCGAUUGCCAUCCGCCCGACCUCGGAAACCAUCAUGUACCCCGCUUUCAAGAGCUGGAUCCGGUCGCACCGCGACCUCCCGUUGCGCUUGAACCAGUGGUGCAAUGUCGUGCGGUGGGAGUUCAAGAACCCCACGCCGUUCAUCCGUACGCGCGAGUUCUUGUGGCAGGAAGGCCACACCGCGCACGCCACCCGCGAAAGCGCCGCCACGGAAGUGAUGCAAAUCCUCGAGUUUUACGCUGGCGCGUACGAGGAACUGCUGGCCGUGCCCAUGAUCAAAGGCAAAAAGUCCGAAGUGGAAAAGUUUGCCGGCGCCGACUACACCACGACCAUCGAAGGGUUCGUACCGAGCACCGGGCGCGGCAUCCAAGCGGCGACGUCGCAUCACUUAGGCCAGAACUUUGGCCGCAUGUUUGGCAUCUCGGCCGAGGACGAUGAAGGCAAGAAGAUCAUUCCGUACCAAAACUCAUGGGGGUUCACCACGCGGUCGAUUGGGGUCAUGGUCAUGCUCCACGGCGACGACAAGGGGCUCGUGUUGCCGCCCCGUGUGGCGCCAAUCCAAGUCGUCGUCGUGCCCAUCCCUGUCAAAGACAAGGACGAAACUGACGCCUUGUUUGCGCAAGGCGACGUCCUCCAUGACAUCCUGCGCAAGGUGGGCGUGCGCGUGGAAGUGGACCAUCGUCGCAUCUACACGCCUGGCUGGAAGUACAACCACUGGGAGCUCAAGGGCGUGCCGCUCCGGUUCGAACUCGGCCCGAAGGACGUGGCCAAAUCCCAGGUGCGCGUCGUGCGCCGGGAUAACAACGACAAGGUGGACAUCCCGUUCACGGACCUCGCCGCCAAGAUCCCCGCGCUGCUCGACCAGAUCCAGGCCGACAUGCUCGCGCGCGCGCGCACCGAGCGCGACAGCCGCAUCAAGGUCGUGACCGAGUGGAAGGAUUUUGUCAAGACAAUCGCCGAAGGUAACAUGGUUCUCACGCCGUUUUGCAACGAAAAGGAAUGGGAGGAACAGGUCAAGGCGCGGUCCCGCGACGAAUCGCUGGCCCUGCUGGGCGAAGACGGCGAAGCUGACAACACGGCCACGAGUGUCGCGGCCAAGAGCUUGUGCUUGCCGUUCGAACACAAUGAGCUGCCCAUCGAAGACGGCGUCAAGUGCUUUAUCAGUGGCCAACCCGCCAAGUGCUGGAUCCUCUGGGGUCGAUCGUACUAGGCGUGUUGUUGUUAUGCAACCAAAUAACGUCAUGAAUCAUGUGUGCUCUUGUUGAA